AUGUCAUUUCAUAUACCAAGGCCUCACAAAUCUCAAAGACAACGUGCAGAGGACACUCCAUCUUCAAGUGCCACUAGUUCAAUUUCUGUUGUCAAUGAACUGAUUAAUUUAGUAUCAGAUUUGGAAAAUAAGAUUACCUAUUUUAGAAGUAGAUCAAUCAAUAGCAAUACCAGCUCAUCUCCUCCGCAAUCUCCCUCGGCAUCACCUUCACUAAAGUCAAUGUCUACACCAUUUAAUACCAAUCCAAUACCUUUUCCAUCACUCUUGUCAACUGAAAGUACUAACAACAAGGACUUGUGUAAUGAUAUCUCACAAUCCAGUCCAACAAACAAUACAAUAAUAUUCUCUAGUUUAAAAUUAUCCUCACCACCACCGCCAUCGACAAAAUCCAAUAAUGAAGAAGAAGAAGAUGUAAAUAAUAAUAAUAAUAAUAAUAAUAAUAAUAAUAAUAAUAAUAAUAAUAAUAAUAAUAAUAAUAAUAGUAAUAAUACACUUAAUAGCGAUAGUAUACCAACCUAA